AGAGAAACAAGAAUGGAUGGAGGUUCAGGUCACAAAACAGGAAGCCCAAUCUACAAGAGAAGCCCUGACAUGACCAAAUCCCUGAUGACUAAGUCCGAGCAGCUUCUCAGAAUAGAUGACCACGAUUUCACCAUGCGGCCGGCGUUUGGAGGUCCUCCUAUUCCAGUCGGAGUAGAUGUUCAGGUGGAAAGUUUGGACACCAUAUCAGAAGUGGAUAUGGACUUCACCAUGACACUCUAUCUACGCCAUUACUGGAAGGACGAGCGACUGUCAUUCCCUAGCACCAACAAUCAAAGCAUGACCUUCGACAGUCGCCUAGUGAAGAAGAUUUGGGUUCCGGAUAUGUUCUUCGUGCACUCCAAGCGGUCUUUCAUCCAUGACACCACCACCGACAACGUCAUGCUGAGGGUUUAUCCCGACGGCAACGUCCUGUAUAGUCUUAGGGUCACUGUCACCGCCAUGUGCAACAUGGACCUCAGCCGCUUCCCACUCGACACCCAGACGUGCUCUCUAGAGAUCGAAAGCUACGCGUACACCGACGACGACCUGAUGCUUUACUGGAAGAAAGGCAACGAAUCCCUAAACACGGACGACAGAAUAUCCCUUUCCCAGUUCCUCAUCCAGAAAUUUCACACCACCACCAAACUGGCUUUCUACAGCAGCACAGGCUGGUAUAACCGCUUGUACAUCCACUUUACACUGCGGCGCCACAUCUUCUUCUUCCUGCUGCAGACUUAUUUCCCUGCUACGCUCAUGGUCAUGUUGUCUUGGGUUUCCUUUUGGAUCGACCGCAGGGCAGUACCUGCCAGAGUCCCCCUAGGCAUCACUACUGUGCUCACCAUGUCCACCAUCAUCACCGGAGUCAACGCCUCCAUGCCGCGGGUGUCCUACAUCAAGGCGGUGGACAUUUACCUGUGGGUCAGCUUCGUUUUUGUCUUCCUGUCGGUGAUCGAGUAUGCCGCCGUCAACUACCUUUCAACGGUGCAGGAGAGGAAAGAGAGGAAACUGAGGGAGAGACUGCCCUGCACGUGCGGCAUCGGCAACCCGGACGACAUGAUGAUCGACCCGCAGAUCACCGGCUACGGCACUAUGGACGUCAACACCACGGGGAACUACAGCAUGCCGGAAAACGGCGGACGCCAGGAUCGGAUUCUGGCUCAGGUGGCCCUGAACGAUCCUCAGCUGACGGGUCAAGUGAAGCCCGCGAGAGGCUACGUGAACAUAUGGAUCGACACGCACGCCAUAGACAAAUACUCGCGGGUGGUCUUUCCCGGCGCUUACAUCCUCUUCAACAUCAUCUACUGGUCCAUCUACUCGUAA